UUUGUGCGUUCAAAGAUCGGUUUAAACAUAUUUAAGAAUUAUUUUUAGUUGCAAAGAGAUAUAUAUUUAUUUAUAAUUAUGUGGGGGUUCCAUGCCCUGCGACGUGGACAAUAUACAGCCAGGUGCCUCAGAUUCUACAGCAAUGGGAAAGUGAAGGUGUCUGUGAAACAGGGCGUUGUGGUUGGACAACGGCAACAGCUGCCAAAUGGCCUGCAAUACGAGAGUUUUCUGGGCGUGCCGUAUGCACAGCCACCCGUGGGAGAGCUCCGCUUUCGGAGCCCUGUGCCUCUGGAGCGUUUCAAGGAGCACGAGCUGGACUGCAGCAAGGAAGGCGACGUCUCGCACCAGCGUGAUCCGUUCACCCAAGAAGUGAUUGGCUCCGAGAACUGCCUGUUCCUCAAUGUGUAUGUGCCCAAGGGCAAGUCAGAGAAGCCGCUGCCCGUCAUGGUGUGGAUUCAUGGUGGUGGCUUCUGGUUUGGCAAUGGCAACAGUGACUAUCACUUUCCUGCGCAGCUAAUGCAAGAGGAGGUCAUUGUGGUUACCCUCAACUAUCGUCUGGGUGCCUUGGGCUUUCUCUGCUUACCCGAGGCGGGCAUACACGGCAAUGCAGGUCUGAAGGAUCAGCGUCUGGCGCUGCAGUGGGUGCAGGAUAACAUUGCCAACUUCAAUGGCGAUCCACAGAAUGUGACACUUUUCGGGGAGAGCGCGGGCGCUUCUUCAGUUCAUAUGCACAUGUACGGGCCGCAUGCCAACAAGCUGUUCCACAAAGCCAUCAUGCAGAGCGGCACAGGCAACGCGGAGUGGGUAUUCCAGGACAAUGGUGCACACAAAGCAAGACGUCUGGGCGAACUGCUGCAAGGCAAGAAUAUUGAGCGGGCUAGUGGCCUGUUGGAAUUCCUGCAGUCCAAGGCGGCGACACCAUUGGCAAUGCUGGAGAAAACCUUGGAUGUGCUAAACGCUGAUGAGCGACGUCGUCACCUGCCCUUCUCAUUUAAGCCAGUUGUGGAGGAUGCAAGCAGUCCAGAUAGUUUCCUAACUACAGCAUUUAUUGAUCUGCUGCACGACAGGCAGCGUCUGCCUAAAAUGCCCGUCAUAAUGGGCUACAAUUCGGCAGAGGGAACGGUCAUGAUGACAAAUCCCAAACGCAAGGUGGAGCUGUACAACGAGGAUUUGGCGCGCCUGGUGCCACGCAAUUUGGUGGAGGAUCCAGAGGCACCAGCAGCACUUCAGGCGGCCGAGGAUAUGGGUCAAUUUUAUUUUAAUGGAAACCUCGACAAUCUAGUAGACCUGCAAAGUGAUGUGCAUUUCGUUAUGGACUUGCAGCAUGCUGCAGAGAUUCACGCCAAUUUCCAGAAGGCGCCGUUCUACUUCUAUCGCUUCGACUAUGUGGGUGGCAGGAACAUGUUUAAGCGCCUGUUCCAGGCUGACAAACUGCGCGGAGCAUCGCACGCCGAUGAGCUUUCCUAUCUAUUCCAAAGGGCCAAUGACAAAGCGCUGCUAGCACCAAAUGAUUUCCAAAUUUCUGAGAAAAUGGGCCGUAUGUGGGCCAACUUUGCCAAAUCUGGCAAACCCUCGGAUAGCUGGACACCAGUGCAGAAGCAAACGAGGAAACCCAAUGGGGAACUUGAGCCUUAUCAAUUGAAUUAUAUGCUACUCGAUCGGGUAUGCAAAAUGCAGCUAAAUCCCGAUGUAGAGCGUAUGGAUUUCUGGCGUAGCAUGUUCAAAAGAUUUAAGACCAAAUGUUAUGAAGCGGUAAUGGCCAAAUUGUAAAAGAAUCGUUUAAAAGAAUAUAAUUUUAAAAAUAAA